ACAUAGGUGUCAAGAUAAUAAUGUCAACAUGUAUUUGAAAUUCAUUUAGGUUUAUUUAAAGAAUACAUGACUACUACUGACUUAUAGAAACUCUUUUUCAACAUCAGAAUUGUUAAAAAAAAUUAUUUUUGAAGUCUCUUACACAAGUGAUGCUAUACAAUGAAUCGCAAGAUCAAUAACCUUCAAUCAACCUGAACAUUGCAUAAUUCCAGACUUUUGGAGGGCAAAAUUAUAUCUAGGACCCUUAUUUAGAAUAAAUCAAUUAAAGAGAUAUUGACCAAAAUGGCUGGAUUUGCUUUGAGAAUAAAAACUAAAUCAGGACAGCAAGUAGUAAACACAUUAACUAGAGAAACCACUAUUAAGGAACUGAAACAGAUUCUUUCAACUUUAUCCAACAUACCUGUAAACAGAUUGCAAGUGCUUUCAGGUUUUCCUCCUAAAAUAUUAGACCUUAAUCAAGACAAUGAAGCUAUUGGAAGUAAAGGAAUAUCUUCAGGUGAUACUCUAAUAUUAGAAGAAAAGGCAGUUCCUAUUGUAGAGGAAACCCAAGAUCAAGAUGUAGCCAUGUCAGAAAAUGAUGCAGAAAUUCCAUUCCACACACCUGAUAUCCUGUUAAAACAUGUUGUGCCUUCAGAUAACUCUUGCUUGUUCACAAGCUUUCAAUUUGUACUAAAUGGUAAAAUUGACAAAAGUGGUACAGUCAAUCCAUAUUUGAGGAAGCUGGUAGCAGAGUCUAUACAGAAUGAUAAGGAUAACUACAACGAAGCUGUACUUGGAAAGCCAGUAGAAGCCUAUUGUGCCUGGAUUCAGGAUGAAAAAUCUUGGGGUGGAGCAAUAGAACUAUCAAUAUUAGCCAACCACUAUGGCAUCGAAAUAGCUGUAAUCGACACCAUUAAUGCCAUUAUCAAUAAGUUUGGAGAGGACAGGCAGUAUCCUCUAAGAGUUUUUCUCCUAUUCGAUGGCAUACAUUAUGAUCCUAUCUUUUUAGAACCAUUAGAUGGAGGUAAAAUUCAAACCAUCUUCAUGACAGAUGACGAUAGACUGCUCAAACAGGCUGAGGAAUUAGCCAGAGAAGCCAAAUCCAGUAGGCAAUUUACAGAUGUGAACAAAUUUACCUUGAAAUGUAUGAUUUGCAACAUAAUGCUGACAGGACAAGUAGCAGCACAACAGCAUGCACAGAGUACUGGUCAUGCAAAUUUCGGAGAAGUUUAAUUUUUAGAAAAAAUAAUUUUAAUUACGAAAUAAGGAAUAUAAAACUUGGAAUAUAAAAAAGUGACCUAUGUU